UUGCUUAUCACUUUCACAGUGAAUGGCGUCAUAUUUUGUUUUCUUGUAAUAUCUUCUAGACAUCUCGAAUCCACAAUUCAUUAACUUGUUCGUCGUUUUCGUUUGAGGAACUUAUUGAUCUAAACGUUUUAUCAUGGCCAAAUCUAAGAACCAUACCAAUCAUAAUCAAAAUCGUAAGGACCAUCGUAAUGGUAUUAAAAGGCCAAAGAAGUUCAGACAUGAAUCACGCCGUGGUGUUUGCCAAAAGUUCUUAAGGAACCAAAAGUAUGCUUUAAAGGGUAAUCUUUCUACUGAAAAUCAAGUUUCCAGAGCUAAUGAAAGGAGCCAAAAAAGAUUAGCAUUGAGAACCAAAUUUGCUGAACUUAAAAGCAAAAAAGCUGCAACUAAAAAAGCAUAAUUUUUACUUAUUAAAAUAUUUAAUAACAUCAA